GCAACAUUAUGGUAAAUAAAGGAAUUGUAUAAAAUCGUGCUGGCAACACUGCCCGCCGAUUGUAAUUUGUAAUCGCCCCUCUUGCCUUCCGACCACCGGCCUAUGUACACAUGUUCAAUUUAUAUUUCUCAUAAUUAAAGUGAUUUUUCCAUACACAUCGGAGUCAACUUAUUAUUCAACCUAUGGUAAUACAGUCCUGCUGCGCACAUGGUCCUUCGAGCCCUCCGAUUGAAGACAGCAAGAGGUAAAAUACGCUUUCAUUAUUGAGAAUCAAACAUUUUGCAAAAAGACAAAGGUCCGCAACGCGACGUUGCCGCUCUGAUUGACUUACGCAAUAUUCAUCUAUAAUCUACCGUGAGCCAACGCGUGAGAGCGCAAAGCAGAGAUACGUCGCCAGUGGGAGUGAGGGAGAAAGCAGCAUCGCGCCAGCGCUACGACCACGAGGUAAAAACGUGGCGAACGCAACAUCAUCGAGACGAGGGACGGCGCCCCGCGCCAUUUUGUCAUCGUCGUCUGCGCAGUGUAUCAAGUCUCUUUAUUGCAUUAAAACUAAAAGUAAAAUCAGUGCUAAUACUAAAGUGAAUAGCAAUUUCUGUUCAAAAAAGUUAUAUCAUAACUCAGUGGCGUUAUUCGAGCAAUAGUAACCAUAAAUCAGUGUAUUUCGGAAAUACCUAUUAGUAUAUACGUCGUAAAUCAUAAUGGAGGACGAAUUAUCAAGGAAGAAUGUAGCACGCGGUUACGCAAAGCGCACAAUCACGCGGCUUUAUCAGUAUUUAGAAGCAGAAGAGGCAAAUCUACUAAAGAACCACGUGGAGGAACUCAUGGUUCGGCGCGACCGACUGGAAAAAACCUUUAAUGAAUACGAAGACUUGUGCAAAGACAUUUUACAUUUGAAUCCCAAAGAUGAGGAGUGCGUGGACGUCGUCGAAGAAAAGUUUUACAAAAUGGUAACGAUGUUAAACAAGGCGAUUGCGCAACGUGGGUUUGCACCCGCGUCUUCAACCAAUUCAGUUGCUCAACCGAGUGUAGCGGCAAAAACUCACUUACCUCCCGUGGACAUCCAACAGUUUAACGAUAGCUUUACAACGAGAGCCUACCAAAUGGAUAGAAGCUCUGAUAACAAGCCGAGCCUGGAAGAGUUUCUCCAGUACCUUGAGAAACGGGCCUUGGCUUUAGAAAAUGCUGAGCAAGGUCACACUGCGGGUAACUCACGGGUAGCAGCUCUCGCCACGCAGGGAUCAUCAUGCAGUUACUGUAAGUCCAAAGAACAUAAACUUUUUAAAUGUAAAAAAUUCUAUUUAUUGACAGCACAGGAAAGAAUAUUAUUCAUAGAAAAGAAUAAACUUUGUAUUACAUGUUUAGGUACACAUAAGGGCAAAUGUAGGUUUCACUUCCGAUGCUCAGACUGCAAGGGCUGUCACAACAGCUUAGUCUGCAAUUCUCCCGCCCUGGCACCUCCUGUUACUAUGACAGGCAACAUUGAUAAUAAUGUACUCCUGCCCACAGCAAGAGUAAAGGUGUUCAGCAAGAAUGGCCGAGAGUACCGCAUCAAGGCUUUACUAGAUAGCGGUUCACAGGUAUCGUUAGUGACCUCAAAGGUCAUAAAAAUAUUAGGUUUGACUCCCACACCCAAUAACACAAAUAUUAUUGGCAUAUCUAACACUAAAAAUAAUACAAAGUACUGCAUCCCAUUAGAGGUGCAUUCUAUGCACAUUCCGUUCAAAAAAAUCAUCAACUGUCAUGUAGUAGAAAAUAUAACUUGUAAACUUCCCCAGAGUAACAUUGAUAUUUCCAAAAUUCACAUACCAAAUAAUAUAACUUUAGCCGAUGAACAGUUCAAUGUACCAAGUGAAAUACAUAUUCUCAUUGGUGCGGAUGUGUUUUUCCAGACCCUGUUGCCGAGCAAUCAGAGCGUGGUGGUGGUGCCAAUGAACCUCAGCUCACCAGCUGCAAGUGAUCCUCACGGGUCACAACAGGUUCUCCCUACUGCUUCGUGUCACACUACAUCACAAGGGUCUCCAGGGUUUGAAUUACACAUAUUUCCAACACUAUUUGGUCACAUAAUAGGAGGAGGUUUGCCAGUCGAUUUAUCCAAACCAUCUUGUCACAAAGUAGCAUUAAAAUGUGAGCUAGAUAUACAAAAAACAAUUUCUCAGUUUUGGUCUUAUGAAAAGGUCCCAGAAUUAUUCCAUGAAAAAACUUCUGAACAGGAGCUGUGUGAACAAAUAUUUCAAAGCUCUGUCAAAUUAGAAAAUAAUCACUUUCAAGUUGCCUUACCAUUGAAAUUACCUUUAGAAGAUAUUAAUGGCAUAUUAGGCGAAUCCUUUCACCUUGCUUUAAAGAGAUUUUUAAAUUUAGAAAAGAAAUUGCAUUCAAAUCCAAAUCUAUUCAUGCAAUAUCAAAGAUUUAUCCAUGAAUACUUAUCACUUAACCAUGGUCAUUAUAUGGACAUUGAACUGUAUGACAUAAACAAACAAGCAACUUACUAUUUACCCCAUCAUGCAGUAAUAAAUGAAAAUUCAAGUACAACCCGACUUCGGUGUGUAUUUGAUGCUUCAAUGAAAACUGACAAGAAGGUCAGCCUAAACAGUUUACAACUCAAUGGACCGGUAGUGCAAAAAGAUCUUUUUGAUAUACUCAUGCUAUUCAGAUUUGGCAAAUAUACAUUCACAACGGACAUAAAACAUAUGUUCCGCAAUAUAAAAAUUGAUCCCAAAUUCACUUCUCUACAAAACAUUCUUUGGAGAGACAAUCCAAGUGAAUCAAUUAAAUGUAUUAGAUUAGACACAGUAACAUACGGGUUAAAAAGCUCUAGUUACUUGGCAACACGUUGUUUAAAGGAGCUAGCAAUUAGGUACGAAAAUUUGUAUCCUCUAGCUUCCAACAUAAUUAAUAAUCAUACAUAUGUUGACGAUAUUCUUUACACAGAUCAUGAUUUCAACUCAGUUAUAACUGCAAGGAAUCAACUACGCGAAAUACUCAGUCUAGGUGGAUUUCAUACACACAAGUGGGCCUCAAAUAAUAAAAGCAUACUGUCAGAUAUACCACAGACCGAGCAACAACAUUUUUGUAGUUUAGAUUUGCAAAAAGAAAAUUUUGACAUGAAAGCUUUAGGGCUGCGCAUUAAUGUUAUAGAUGAUAACUUUAUAAUAUCAUCCCCUGAACCGUUUAACCCUAAAGAAAUAACAAAAAGAAGAAUAUUAAGUUACAUAGGUAGGUUCUACGACCCUAUGGGGUUUGCAAGUCCUAUUAUAGUAACAGCAAAGGUCAUCAUGCAAAAAUUAUGGCUACAAAAUAUUGAUUGGAAUUCCACUCCCCCUCUUAACAUUCAAGAAGAGUGGCUACAGUUUACAGCUGAUCUAUUAGCAAUGGAGCCAAUUAAACUAAGUAGAAAUAUAGAUAUUUCAGAAAAUUACACUGCAGAGCUGGUGGGAUUUGCUGAUGCUUCGAGUUCCACGGCCUACGGUUGCUGUGUAUACCUGCGAGUCAACAAAUUAGGUAACUCAAAUGCUUACUUGCUCUGUUCGAAAUCUAGAAUAAAUCCUAUUCAAAAGAAGGGCAUGACAGUGCCAAGGCUUGAAUUGAAUGCUGCACUCUUGUUAUCUAAGUUAAUGGCAAAAACAUAUGAUUCACUUAAGCUUAAAGUUAAAAUAAAGGAUGUAUAUCUAUUCAGUGAUUCAAAGAUUGUUCUUGCAUGGAUUGACACUGAAUUGAUGCAGCUUCAAGCUUAUAUAGCGAACAGAGUGAGUGUCAUUCGUCAGGCUACAGGUGCAUGGUCAUGGCUUUAUGUCAACACCAAAGAAAAUCCUGCCGACCUCAUCAGCAGAGGACUAAAGCCAGGCGAGCUGAACCGGUGCCAGUUAUGGUGGAACGGGCCACAGUUUCUACGUAACAAAAUAAGGCGACAGCUGCUCAACAGCUAAUGGGCUCACUGCCAGCCAGCCGUGUCACAGCCACGAGCCGACCGUUCCAGGUUAUCGGCUUGGAUUUUGCUGGGCCUGUAGACGUCAAGCUAUCGCGAAUUAGACGCUCUGUAGUCGGAAAAGGUUAUAUAUGCGUUUUUGUAUGCUUUACAACGAAGGCAGUUCACUUAGAACUGGCUUCGGACUUAACCACAGAAACAUUUCUAGGCUGUCUCAAAAGGCAAAUAAGCAGACGUGGAAAGCCCAGCCAGGUCCACUGUGAUAAUUUUAGCUCAUUCAAAUCGGCUAGCAACCAAUUAAAUGAAUUGUAUAAGCUGCAUGCAUCUCAGUAUCACCAGGCAAACGUACAAAAAUUUGCUGCAGAACAAGGUAUAAAUUUCCAUUUCAUUCCGUGCUAUUCUCCUACGUUUGGUGGUCUCUGGGAGGCAGCAGUUAAAAGUACAAAAUACCAUUUAAGGCGAGUUGUACAAAAUAGUUUAUUAACAUAUGAACAGCUUAACACAGUUCUUUGUGAGAUUGAAGCUGUACUUAAUUCAAGACCAUUGUUAUCACUCUCAUCUGAUCCAGAUGACUUUUGUUAUUUAACACCUGGUCACUUUAUUAUUGGUAGUGCGUUAACUAUGUAUCCAGAAAACAAUUUAAUUAAUGUACCUAAAAAUAAACUUAAGUUUUGGCAGCUAUGUACUAAUUUAAAACAACAAUUUUGGAAGGUUUGGCAUAAAUAUUAUUUAAAUAUUCUCCAAAAUAGGCCAAAAUGGCGCCAAGACCAGAAUAAUGUUAAAGUAGGAAGUUUAGUUAUUCUAAAGGAUGAUAAUUUAUAUCCUAUGUACUGGCCCAUGGCACGAAUUGUAAGAUUAUGUCCUGGUCACGAUGGAAAGGUCAGGGCCGUCGAGGUCAUGACCCCAAAUAAAAAAACACACGUUCGAGCCAUUAACAAAAUAUGUGUAUUGCCAAUAGAUUCCAAUUAGUAUUUAAUUAUUAUAAGAAUGUUUAUUAAGAAAAUUUUAAAUUUAACAUUGUAAGCAACAACUAAACUUAACUUGUAAAGUGUUUAAAUUUCCAGUUUACAUAUUAUUUAACAAUUGUAUAGUUCAUAACAUCAUGAGGCCGCAGCAUGUUGCAGGCAACAUUAUGGUAAAUAAAGGAAUUGUAUAAAAUCGUGCUGGCAACACUGCCCGCCGAUUGUAAUUUGUAAUCGCCCCUCUUGCCUUCCGACCACCGGCCUAUGUACACAUGUUCAAUUUAUAUUUCUCAUAAUUAAAGUGAUUUUUCCAUACA